AUGGGGAAUCUGAGGGGUUUGGGGCUCCAUCUCAUUUUUAUAUGUGCUUUUCUGUUUGCAGGAGCCACAUAUACUACUUGUUUGGGUGAUGGAAAUGCCAGUGUGAUUUGCUCUGAGAAAGAGAGACUUGCUCUUCUCAAGUUCAAAGAAAGUGUUGAAGAUCCUUGUGGAAUGUUGUCAUCAUGGGUUGGCCAUGACUGCUGCCUGUGGAAAGGAAUCCAUUGUGAUGGUGUCACUGGAAAGGUAGAAAGCCUUCAACUCAGAGAAUCUCCGGGAUCUGAAGAGGGUUAUGCUGAAGCCUGCUACUUAGGUGGUAAUGAGGUAGACUCUUCUUUGUCAGAGUUGAGGCAUCUAAAACACUUGGACUUGAGUGGGACUGAUUUCCGAGGAAGCCGGAUCCCGGAGUUCAUUGGGUCCUUGAAACAGCUGAGCUACCUCAAUCUCUCUUAUGCUGGUUUUCAAGGUAUUAUUCCUCCUCACAUUGGAAAUAUUUCUAAUUUAAAGGUUCUUGAUCUUAGUUCAGUACAACUUCUUGGGGCACAAAACAUGGACAUGCUGUUUUACAGGCUUCCUUCGUUAAAAGAGUUAAGUUUGUCGUAUUGUGGACUUUCCAAUGGUGAUCUUGGUCCUUUUCUUAAUUCAAGUAGAAUACUUCCCAACAUCAGACACCUUGAUCUUGGUGGCAAUUCUUUUGAAGGUCCACUCCCUGGCUUUUUCAAAAACAUGUCAUCCCUAACAUUUCUGGAUCUUUCAAUGUUUGAUCUUAGUUUGGGAUCGAACUUUGCUAAAUUGCUAUACAUGAUCCCUUCUUUAUCAGAGCUGCAUUUGUCAGGUUGUGGGCUCGAUAAGACGCAUCUAUCUUCCCCUCGUCUUAAUAUCAGCACAUUUUCUAACAUCCAACACCUGGGUCUUAGUCAAAAUUCAAUAGAAGGUGUAUUUCCAUCUGUUUUCACAAAUAUGAGUUCCCUAAGAGUCCUUGAUCUCUCUUGGAACAUGCUAAAUUCAUCGGUUCCUAUUAUGCCUAACCUUAUAGAUCUUGAUCUUUCUGGUAACAAUUAUAAGCAGAUUGAGGAUGUUGGAAUCUGGAGGCAAUGCCACCUGAAACGAUUGCAUGCAUCAAACAAUCAUUUUGAAAUAGAAAUGAUAGAAUCACAGAAUAACAUAUCGCAGUGUUCCCAUUAUGCUUUGGAAUGGUUGGUUUUAAGUGAAUGUUCAAAUGGUACAGUUCCAGAUGCAAUUGGAAGACUUGCCAAUUUAAGAGUGAUCUUUCUACAGAACAGCAGAUUGACAGGCCGAAUCCCAGAAUCUCUUGGAAGAUUAAGAUAUUUACAAUCAUUAGAUCUUUCCAAUAACCAGCUAACCGGUCCCAUUCCUACAUUCCUGGGGAAGCUUUCCAAACUUGAUCUUUCUUUUAAUCAAUUGAAAGGUUCAAUUCCAGAAUCCUUGGGAAAUGUAGCAGCUUUAAAACAUUUGGAUCUAAGUUCCAAUCGAUUAACGGGCCCCAUCCCAGCAUCUAUAGGAAGACUUGUUUCAUUACAAUCACUGUCAUUGGGUUCAAAUUUGUUGAAUGGGACUAUUCCGGUUCAAACCGGGCAACUUGCCAAACUCCUUUCUCUAGAUUUCUCUAAUAAUUCUUUAGAAGGAGUAGUUUCAGAAGCCCAUUUUGCUAACCUUUCAAUGUUGAAGUACUUUGAUACUUCUUCUAACCCCAAGUUGACAUUCAAUGUUUCACGUGACUGGAUACCUCCAUUCCAGUUGGUAUCUCUUGACCUCAGUUCUUGCAAUAUUGCAAAUGGAUUUCCACAGUGGCUACGAAAUCAAAGGAAUCUUCGUGAAUUGGAUUUGUCUAAGGCUACAAUUUCGGGACAGCUGCCCAGAUGGUUGCGGAAGAUGCCCAUCAUUCCUAGCUUAGAUCUCUCUCACAACAAUCUAAGCGGACCUUUGACAAACCUUCCUAAUGGGGAAACUCAUAAUAAGUUUCAAUUGUUUCCUUUAUUAUUUCUGGGGAAUAACUUUUUCAAUGAGUCGAUUCCAAGGUCAUUGUGCAGAAGGACAGAUCUGAUAUUUCUUGAUCUUUCCAGAAAUACAUUAACCGGCAAAAUUCUUAACUGUCUUGAGAAUCUGAAAAGCUUGGAAGUCCUGAUACUUAGCUCCAAUCAGUUGUCCGAUGUCAUUCCGAGUUUCGUAGCUCUUAAUUCAUUAGUUUGGUUAAAACUGAAUGACAACAACUUUAUUGGUGAACUUCCUCGGGAACUGGGGAAUUUACAAUAUCUAAAUAUCUUAGAUGUGGGUGAAAAUAAAUUGUCUGGAACUAUACCCGAAUGGGUCGGAGAGAACCUUACAAAUUUGGCAGUUUUGAGGUUUCACAAAAAUAACUUCACUGGAAGAAUUCCAAAGUCUUUGUGCAAAGCUUCAAAUCUUCAGAUCUUGGAUGUUGCACACAACAGCUUGAAGGGACCCAUCCCUCCUUGUCUAGGAGAGCUCAUUGCCAUGGUUGAUAAUAGCGGAUCUGGGCUUGUUUUUGACUUUCUUAAUGGGAAUGUUGAUCAGGUCAUGAAAGGUGUUUAUCUUGAAUAUACAACAACUUUGAGAAUGGUUUUUAACAUGGACCUCUCAAGCAAUCAACUUGUUGGAGAAAUACCAGUCGAGCUAACUGCACUUUCUAUGUUGGUGGGUCUCAAUUUGUCUAAUAAUCAUCUCAAAGGCUAUAUUCCAGAUAACAUUGGUAGCAUGAUGAAGUUGGAAUCUCUUGAUUUAUCUGGAAACGAGUUCACUGGGGCGAUCCCUCCAAGCAUGGCAGAUUUGACCUUUUUGAGCCGUUUGAAUUUGUCACACAACAACUUGUCCGGACGAAUUCCAACAGGAAGGCAGCUGCAGACCCUUACAGAUCCAUCCAUAUAUGAAGGGAACAAAGAUCUCUGUGGACCUCCAUUGCCUAACAGUUGCACAAUUCCAGGAGAACACCCAACAACAACAACAACAACAACAACCAAGAAAAAGUUAGAAGCAGCUGAUGAGAAAACCAAGGUAUGGUUGUUUUAUGCGGACAUAAUCUGUGGGUUUGCAACAGGGUUUUGGGGUAUUAUCGGAGUCUUGUUGUUCAAGAAGCAGUGGAGAUGGAACCUUUUCAUGUUUGCUCAGAAAAUGAUGGAAAUGAUCAAGUAG